AUGUCAUCAAGCGGAGUGGAAACGGCAUCGCAGAGCCCGCUGCUCUCCUCCAGCUUCUGUUUCAGCCCCUGGUCCUGUGUUUGUGCUCAGGGUUGGUCAGCGGCUGUCUGGAACCGCCUCCCCGCCGCCACCGCCACCGCCUCCGGAAGCUCCGCCCCCGAACCGUGGCUCCUCCCCGGCUGCAGCUCCGUCUUUGACAGCCUGGUCAGUAACGCGUCUCCGAUUCCAUCUUCUCCUGCUGCCAGCGGCCUGAGAGGACGAGAACGAGCUGCCGUCGCCAAACCUCGCAGGCCGUCCAUCCUGGAGCGUUGCAUCCUCAAAGUGUCGACCAGCAGUGUGGCGGUGGGGACGGAUGACGUGGACAAGAGGACCCCCUUCGGACGCUGCUACCCCCGACUGCCAGACCCGACAAACGCCGAGACAAACGCUGCGGUUCUGAAGCGACGGCAGAAACAGAUCCAGUACGGCAAAAACACCAGCGGCUACCAGAACUACCUGCAGCAAGUCCCCAAGCACCUGAGGGAUCCUAAGCUCCACCCGUCCACUCCCAACAAAUACAGGAAGUACAGCCGGCGCUCUUGGGACAUGCAGGUGCGCCUGUGGAGGCGAGCGCUGCACCUGUGGGACCCUCCAACCAACGCACUGCCCGAUGCCACAGACACCCAGGAUCCAGUGGAGCAACUGCAGAACCAGCUGGCGAAGAUGACCUCUGAGCUCUGUGAGGAUGGAGGAGACGAACAGAGAGAGAAGGAGACUCCAGCAGCCUCUAAAGCCUCCUCCAUGUCUCCUCUAUUGGCCUCAUCCAUGGAGCCGACAGGAGCCUGGACCGUCCCCCAGUCACCGCAACUGCAGACGAGCCGCCGCCGUCUUCGCUCUCCUCCUGGCUUCAGCUACUCCCUCAGGAGUCGACUGACCGACGACAACAUGGCCGACUGGCUACCCCCUUUUCUGCUGGACGACGACCAUGCUCAAGAUUUCGGCUCUGAUGACCAGCAGGUUCCAGUCUUUUCCGACCAGCUCCUGUGGAAUCUGUACUGA